AUGAAGAAUCCUUCUGAACUCUCAGGAACGACUGGUCUUUAUUUGCAGCACCCAUUCCAUGGACCUAACUGGAUGCCACGACAGAGGCUACUCGCAAUCUGCGCGCGGGCGCCAAGGACGCGGCGUGCCCAGCCUCGACAAUGUCUCGGCUACACCAUGGCGACGCUUGAUAGACAAUAUAAAGCGAAUGGCUGGCAAACGCCUCCUGAGGCAAACCAUGUAAAACCAGUUGAGUUCGAGCAUGCCGAAGUUCUGCAAAUGGAUUCC